GCAGUCUCUUUGACGAUGGAGGGAAGCCGGCAGACGCGGGUGUCUCGGCCCUACAAGAUCAGCGAGUCUUCAAAGGUGUACCGCUGGGCUGACCACUCAACCACGGUGCUGCAGCGUCUGAACGAGCAGCGCCUCCGUGGCCUCUUCUGCGACAUCGUCUUGGUGGCCGACGAGCAGCGUGUGCCCGCCCACCGCAACCUACUGGCUGUGUGCAGCGACUACUUCAACUCCAUGUUCACCCUCGGCAUGCGGGAGGCUUUCCAGAAGGAGGUGGAGCUGAUCGGCGCCUCCUACAUCGGGCUCAAGGCCGUCGUGGACUUCCUGUACGGUGGGGAGCUGGCGCUGGACGGCGGCAACAUCGACUACGUCCUGGAGACGGCCCACCUGCUGCAGAUCUGGACGGCGGUGGACUUCUGCUGCGAGUACCUGGAGCAGGAGGUGAGCGAGGACAACUACCUGUACCUGCAGGAGCUGGCCUCCAUCUACAGCCUCAAGCGGCUGGAUGCCUUCAUCGACGGCUUCAUCCUGAGCCGGUUUGGCACGCUGUCCUUCACGCCGGACUUCCUGCAGAACAUCUCCAUGCAGAAGCUGUGCGUCUACCUGAGCAGCAGUGCCGUGCAGCGGGAGUGCGAGCACGACCUGCUGCAGGCCGCGCUGCAGUGGCUGACGCAGCAGCCCGAGCGCGAGGCUCACGCCUACCGGGUGCUGGAGAACAUCCACUUCCCGCUCAUCCCCAAGAACGACCUGCUGCACCGCGUCAAGCCGGCCGUGUGCUCCCUGCUGCCCAAGGAGGCCGACUGCGAGGGCUUCAUCGAGGAGGCCGUGCGCUACCACAACAACCUGGCGGCGCAGCCCGUCAUGCAGACCAAGCGCACGGCGCUGCGCACCAACCAGGAGCGCCUGCUGUUCGUGGGUGGCGAGGUCUCCGAGCGGUGUCUCGAGCUCAGCGAUGACACCUGCUACCUGGACGCCCAGAGCGAGCAGUGGGUCAAGGAGACGCCCCUGCCAGCCCGGCGGAGCCACCACUGUGUCGCCGUGCUGGGGGGCUUCAUCUUCAUCGCCGGCGGCAGCUUCUCGAGGGACAACGGAGGGGAUGCCGCGUCCAACCUUCUCUAUAGGUAUGACCCCCGCUGUAAACAGUGGAUCAAGGUGGCCUCCAUGAACCAGCGCCGAGUGGAUUUCUACCUGGCCUCCAUCGAAGACAUGCUGGUGGCCGUUGGUGGCCGGAAUGAGAACGGGGCCCUCUCCUCCGUCGAGACAUACAGUCCCAAGACGGAUUCCUGGUCCUAUGUGGCUGGCUUGCCCAGGUUCACCUACGGCCACGCGGGCACCAUCUACAAGGACUUCGUGUACAUCUCUGGGGGCCACGACUACCAGAUAGGCCCCUACCGCAAGAACCUGCUGUGCUACGACCACCGGACGGACGUGUGGGAGGAGCGGCGGCCCAUGAGCACGGCCCGGGGCUGGCACAGCAUGUGCAGCCUGGACGACCGCAUCUACUCCAUCGGGGGCAGCGACGACAGCAUCGAGUCCAUGGAGCGCUUCGACGUGCUGGGCGUGGAGGCCUACAGCCCGCAGUGCAACCAGUGGACCCGCGUGGCGCCGCUGCUGCACGCCAACAGCGAGUCGGGGGUGGCCGUGUGGGAGGGCCGCAUCUACAUCCUGGGCGGCUACAGCUGGGAGAACACCGCCUUCUCCAAGACCGUCCAGGUGUACGACCGCGAGAAGGACAAGUGGAGCAAGGGCACCGACCUGCCCAAGGCCAUCGCCGGCGUGUCCGCCUGCGUCUGCGCCCUGAAGCCGCGGCUGGAGGACAAGAAGAAGAAGGGCAAGGGCAAGAGGCCCCAGGACCGCGGCCAGUGACCCCGCCUGCACCCCGCCGCACCCUCUGCCCCGCCACCAGCCGGUAGACCAGCAGCAGCUCGGUAGAAUCCUCAGCCACGGUGGACUGAGCAGCUUUUUCUACUUUUAUGAUUCUUGGUAUUUCUACGAUAUCAUAGUAACCGAUUAAAUAAUCUAUAUAACUUGAUCUAUUAUCUCGCUUGAGUAAUUAAACCCGCACCCAGGCAGGAACCUUCCCCUGAUACCUGGACAGGGAGCCUUCCCGCAGGAUAAACGCCCAUGCGUCCCCCCCAGACCGGCCCCCGCCCGAGGUAGCUACGGUGGGGGUGAUGCAGUUUUUUCAGAGUGGAACUAGGGGAGUUUGACGGGGCAUUGCAGACCCCUUGUCCACACCUCCCUAAACCCACCUGAGGUUUUAAAAAUGCAGAUUCCUGGAUCCCAUCUCAUGAUUUGAAACCUGAAGCUACUGGGGACCGGGGUGCCUGGAAAUUAUUUUUCACCAGUAUCUGGAAUGUCUAGAUGCCAGCCAUGUUGGGAAGCGCUGGCCAGGUCAAGCUCAUUUGUUUGAUUAAAGGGGACACAGAGACCCUCGGGCGUGCGUAAGUGGUGGGGGCCCCUGUCAGGUGGGAUGGGGGUUCCCUACCACAGAGGUGUUCCCACUGCGGUCUUCUGGUCAGGUAACUCAUUUCUGAGGAAUCCCCUUUUCCCGGGGUGAUAAUCCUCCCAAAUCUUGCAUGGGCCUAAGCUAGCAAGGGAGAAGGGAAGGGGGUGGAGCCAGAAGCUCUUUUUCAACAUGAACCUGUCAUUUUGUUCUUUAUUUCACUUUUUAUUUUUCCGAAUCCACUCUAAGCUCCCUCAUCGAUGUUCGUGUCCCAGGAAAGAGCCUAAGAGCUGUCAAAUUUGCCUCGGUCAUCUGUGCCUCUUGCUCCACAGAGUUCUUGAAAAGCGCCCGGGCCAGUGAGCACGGCUGCCCCCAGAAGGUUGUCCAUUUUCUUCCUAGCUCAGAUGACAGGCCAGGUCCCUGCUGGCUGCUGCUGAGUGGUGUUGCAGCCCUGGGCAGCCAGUAACCAGUUUGCACCGUUUCCUGUUCUGUUAAAAGGAUGUGGUAAGGUGACCUCAUCCUGCAGCUCCAUCUUGGGGUCCAGCCCCUUUAGCCCACAUCAGCUGUGAUUGCAACCAGUACCUCCCUGUGCUCCUGCCCACUGUUACCAGGCCAGGCAGCCAUCACGCUCCCCGGAAGGGGAGCCCGAGGCUCUCCUGAGAGCCCCUGUAUGAGAGAGGAAGGGUGCCAUGGAAGGUGGGAGCGAGGAGCUUUCAUGGCGAGGAACGGUCUCUACCUGGCAAAGAUUCAACUGCCGAGCUCAAGUCCCUUCAAGACUUGUUACUGACACCAUUGGGAAAAUCUCAGUUAACGUAUUUCCCUUUUUAUAUUUCCCUUUUUAUUCUUGUCCUGUACUGGCCAUCCUUUCUCUUCAAGAGUUCCUGAUUCUGCCGGCUCUGUUUCUGUAGAGACCAGGAGGGCCCAGAGAGACUCGGGAGCCGGCCAGUUAGCUCACUUCUUGCCCGUGGAAGUCUGGAGGCUCACACGCUGCUGACAGGUCCCGCAAUACUUGCGGACAUCCAGCCCCAACCUGGGGAGCCCCACGGCACUCCACGCCUCAGGCCCUGUGGAGGCAGGUGCUGACAUGACCCUGCAUCCACCCGGCAUUUCCAAACUGCUGAGCUUGAAACUCCUCUCUCAUACCUCAGACCCACCCGGUGUGUUCGCAGGAUGUCUCGAUGUGUGACGACAGCCCGUACCCUUUGAUUCCGGGAACAACCUCGCUACCUGAAGACUUUGUAACAGGCACAGUGUGGUGUGGAGGGGCUGAGUCGGGAAGAACCCACAGAAUCUGGUCUGUUCUCCCCAGCUCGGGCCAGUUCACCAGCAGAGAGGUGUGAGCAGCUUUGGGGGGGAGGUGGGGGACAGGCUGCCUUUUUGGAUAGCAGGCUACCUCUGACCUUGGGAAGAGGGCGGCCACUUCGUUUUCGCCUCAGCCAGCUCUUCAUAUUCGACCCCACAACGGGUCCCAGGUGUGGGUGUGGUGCCGGCUCUUGGGCUCCCCUUGGUCUUCGUGUGCUUUGGGGGCCACACGCCGUGUCCCUGUACCUGAUGCUGUGUGAUGUCUCCUGCCCGAGGAAGGUGCUUGUCAUUUCUGUGGCUCUGAACGUGCUAUCACUGAGGUCCGGUCCUUGAAAAGCGGGGUUAGUUUGUGCCAAGAAAGGUUUUCGAGCUCUUCGGGGGUCCCUGUAAAGGUGCGUCACCCUGGCCUGUCGGCAGGUCUGUGGAGAUACAGGAGAGCAGGGGCGGGGGACACACGGGCUGUGCGAUCCCUGUUUCCGUGCGGGUCCCUCUGCCCGGUGCGCGGCAGAGACUGGGAGAGCCGCACACAUGAGCUGCCAGGCUGGGGCUAGGCCAAGCUGCCCUGCACAAGCUGGGAACAGCUGCAGCUUCUAACCUGCCCCCGUACCCCAUGGGCUUUUAUUCCAGCCUGUCCUGUCUGACUUGUAAAAAACCUUGGGUUUGCUCCAGGUUUUGUGUGUGAGCCUCACCCCAGUUGGAACCCCAUUUGUUUCUGGCACACGUGAUACAAGAAGGGAAGGAGAGCGGAAGCUAUUGGGGGCCUUUCUGCUCUUUAAAAUAGAUUGUCUUAGCGACAUGCUCUGCCACAUAUUUGCAAUGUCCUGCCAUUCUAGAAAGUCUUCCAGGUAGGACUUCUGGACGGGUAUCUGUGUGUUCAUUUUCUGAAUGCCACUGCAUGAACAGGUGUCUCUUGACUGAGUAGAAACCCCAGAAGCCAGCCCUAAGGUGUUCACUGUGGGGAGAGAGCUGAGACCCUGGAGGCGAGUGGGUCCCUCCUCCAAGGCCAGGGGCCCCUCUGCAAAUUAAGGUGUAUUCACCAGUGGUUCAAAGCCCCUGACGCUUGAGCCAGGGGUGACCUUUCAGUGGCUUGCAGCAAUGUGGAAAGUGAAAGGACUCUUGGCCACACCCACACCACGCGAGGGUCAUCAGCCUUACCUUUGCUUGGUUCUGCAGGUAUGGCGUGGUCGGGACAGUGCCUCGAAGGCCUUCGGAUGCUGUUACUGUCUCAGAUCUCUGAUCCUGAACUCAGAAGGGCAGCUCCAGCUGUCGUCUGGACAUCCUUGUCUCCCUGGCUCCUUGUCAUUUCUGUGGCUCUGAACGUGACAUCACCGAGGUCAGGUCCCUGCUUGUCUAACAGGGGCAGUGGAGGGGCAGUGGCCUGACCUCCAGGACUCAGCUCUGUAGAGAGCAGUUCAGCUCCUGGGGACUGGAGAUCCGGCCCUAUGUGUCUGCCAAGCCUGGCUGUUUUUAAAGAUUUUUGAAACGUUUUGAUACCUUUUGAUACCAUUUGCUAAUGACCGUUUUGUAGGUUGCCUGCUGGAGUUUUCAGCCUCCUUCCCUCACCCCACCUCCUUGAGCUUGCACCAGACAGCACGUGUCCUGUGGUCAGUGCUGGGUCACUCCCCUUGUGCUGUAUCUUGGAGCUCCCUCCCUUCCAUGGUUACAGACCAGUAGAGCUCUUGGACUUUGUCAGGUCACAUGGUCAUGUGUGGCCCCCACCUGAGUGAGAGUCACUGCUUUACCACUCACUCCCUUAAGAUGUACCCUGCCCUCCCCGAGUGCCUACCUCAGCAGUGAAAGGAUCUCCAGGACUGGCCUGCAUAUAUAUCCCCUCUCCUGGGGGCAGUUCUCCACCUGGGGUUUGGCUCGGGUCCCACCUGCCCUUUUAAAGACACAUGAAAUCCCUAAAAAACUAUAAUAGUGAACCAUCUGCACUUUAAGGAAUAAAGUCAGCUUUUUUGGUCAGCUUUUCAGGUUCCUUUCUUUGGUGUUUUUGUUGUUUGUAUAGACACAGAAUCUAGCUUCCAAGGGUGCUUAGGAUCUCAAGAACUUGUCUUUGGUUACCUUAGUUCAAGGAGUUGAAUGAAUGUAUACUUUGGGUGGGGGCGUGGGCGGAGGAGCAGGAGAAUAGAGCCUCCCCUGUCAGUGUCCUGACAGGAUUCCCACCUUCUCGAAGUUCUGGAAGCUGUCACGUUGGUUCCUUUACCAUGGUAGCAAGGGGGCAAGUCCUUUGGAGCAAUUCAAGUUCAGCAUCACCUCACCAGCCUCCCCCUUCAAAAUUUAGUAAGAUUUCUGAAGAUUAAGUAAUUCUCUGGGAUGUUCUGUUACCAAUGUUACCAAAAUCUGUUACUAUCUGUUACCGUUACUGAUCCUCUGCUUUGUUUUUGUAUUUGUCAUUUUAUGAACCUCCAUGCCUUAUGUCUGAUCUCUUUUUCAAUUAAUUUUCUGCACGUUAGGGUUUUUUUUUUUUUUUUUUUUGUCCUUUGUAAUUUUACACAGAGCAUUCAGCUCUGGAGACAACAUUAAAAUGAUUCGCCUGCUAGGCUGUGGUUUAUUUUAUAAUUAUAUUCCUCGUCUUGUGUGGUUAUUAUAAUGAUGUUCGGUCCUGUUUUCUCUGCCCAGAUUAAAAAAAAACCUUUGCAGUUGAACCCAAAUAUAAUUUGGAAAUUAACCUGAUUGCCUUUUAGUGGUAGACUGGGACAUUUCGAUUCUGAUUUCUUUGUACUUUUAAUUACUGCAUUUUACUAAGAAUUUCAUUCAGACCCUUGAUUGCCACACCCCAUCCCAUGACCUGAAAUGAAAUUCUUUGCUUACAUUUGUGUCUGUGAGGGUGAUUUGCUUAGAAAAGAAAUAUAAAAACCAGGCAAGAGUUUAUGACAAGUAAUUUAUCUUUAUCAAAAAGAUACACUUGGCCCUCCCUGGUGGC